CGCCAUUCCAGCACAGCACUAUGCAUCCAGACGAGGAAUCUCUGUUGAAAGGCACAGAGGACCAGGAAGAGGCAGAGGCCUCCUCGUGUCCGCCGGGGGACGAGACCCCCCCCGUCAUGGCGCAUCACCAGCCCCGCAGCCAUCUCCUCUGGGCCAUGCUUCCCGGCAUGCUGAACUCUCUCGUACUGCUCGGCAACAUCUUCUUCUUCCUGUUCGUGGUCAACAAGAUCCUCACCGUGAAAGGCUACUGCCCUCGGGUCCCUUACUCCCCCGCCAGUGCCUCGCUGAGCUGGGUCUCCACCCCGGUGGAUUACGACGCCCCCAAUCCCUUCGCUGGGGAACUGGGUUCCCCGGAAUUGAAUCGUGCAUGGGAGGAGCUCAAAAUCCACGAGAUCUUCCGGGCCUCGGAGGAAGACCUCCGGAGUGUCAACGCGUUGAACCCCAACUCCUUGCGCAUGGAGCAUGGCGGGUAUAUGGCGAUCCUGCGGGUCUACCAUGAGAUUCAUUGCUUGGAUUGGAUUAAGCGCGAAUGGAAAGUCGAGAAGCCCGAGAUGAUGGACCACCUGGUCGGGGGUGUCUCAGAUCACUGCUUGAUUGCUCUUCGCGACGGGGCCAUGUGCCGGGCGGACCUGUCGGUGGGAUCGCUGUACUGGUGGCCGGAAGAGGAGCACCGACGCAUUCGGCGCCCCCCCGCCCAGCGGCGCUGCGUUAACUGGGACAGCCUCCAGACCUGGCUGCGGCCCAAGCGGCUGCAGUUCUACGGUGGAGUGGCUGAAGCUCCUAUCAAGCCGGAUGGGUCGAAGGUGGAUGUCGUCUUGGGGGAUCAUUUGCAUACUCUGGAGGAUUUGAGCGCGAUCCCCUAAGGGUAUACUUUAUUGGUGUCAAUCUCGGUCUAGCUAGAUCUUGGAUUCAUCCUUUCCUAGACGCACAUGCCUUUUAUGGGUAGGGAGCGAAAUUAGGUAGCUAAGGGGUGUGGGUAGCUUGGAUGUGACUGCGCUAUUGCUGUAGGUUCUUUCGAUGAAACGGAGCUCGAGAUCCACGGGGAUUUGCACCAUGAGGUGCCAUUCAUUGAAACUCAAUCAGAAAGUAUUAUGGGCGG